AUGUUCGAUCAAGCUACGACUAUGGGCGAUGGGAUCGCUGAGGAUCGCAACCACAACCACCACCACCACCGUGGAUCCAACUCUCUGUACGGUAACCGGAUGGACAAAUGCCAUACCGAACUUGGGAGCAGGUCGCCGGUGCAGAGUACAACCGAUACCGCGGGUACAUCGGCGUCUACCCCCACCUCCUCCAGUGAAGACGGACAUGAUAAACUGGACCCAGUGGACCCAGACUACUGCCAGAGGAUUUUAGUUCGAGAUGCUAAGGGUACCAUCCGGGAGAUCGUGUUGCCAAAGGGUCUCGACCUCGACAGGCCAAAACGCACGCGGACCUCCUUCACCGCAGAGCAGCUCUACCGUCUCGAGCUCGAGUUCCAGCGCUGCCAGUAUGUAGUCGGCCGAGAGCGCACUGAGCUGGCGAGGCAGCUGAACCUGUCUGAGACACAGGUUAAAGUGUGGUUCCAGAACCGUCGCACCAAGCAGAAGAAGGACACGACCAAGGACUCUGACAAGCGCUCCUCCUCCACCUCGGAGUCACUGGCCACCUGUAACAUUUUGCGUCUCCUCGAACAGGGCCGCCUCCUCUCCGCCCCGCCCCCCAAUCCCCCAAUGGGCCACCACCCAGGAAAUGGCUCCCUAUUGGUCAGCUCCGGAGGGGGCUCCUCCUCGCCAGGGGUGAGUAGAAGCACGCCACCAGGAAAUGGCGUUCUUGGCAUGGGUGGAACUUUCGGGCUGUCACUGCCCUCCCUGGGAGGGACUUCGCCACGUCUGGGCAUGCCGCCGCCGCACUCACUGUGCUUCUCAAUGCCGCUGCUAGGGGGCGCUCAUCAUGAACUGGCGUCUGGGUACGGGUGCGGGUCCUCGGCGUUCGAGCCAUACAUGCGGCUGGACAGGAUCUCCAAGGAUGGAGAUCUAAGUGGGAAGAAGAGAGUUUCCUAA